AAGAGACAAACAGGAGACAGGAAGCUGAUCUGCAAGGAUUCGGAGUUAUGCUGAAAGGACUUUGAUUUUUUUUUUUUCCCUUUACAAACGCUGGCAAUUGACAUCACUACAGACAGCCUGCGAGUGGUGGAAGACAGGAAUCUCGGAAGCCUCAUCAGUCAUCGGGACUGUCAGGAAUAGUGGUUUAAGAGGAAGCUCGGCCUGGGGCACUAUACCCUGUCAUCCAGUUCCCUGCCUCGGAGAUAAAGAUUCCAGCUACAUGGGCAAACGCCUGGAUCAGCCACAAAUGUACCCCCAGUACACUUACUACUAUCCUCAUUAUCUCCAAACCAAGCAGUCCUAUGCACCAGCUCCCCACCCCAUGGCUCCUCCCAGCCCCAGCACAAACAGCAGCAGCAACAACAGCAGCAACAACAGCAGCGGGGAACAGUUGAGUAAAACCAACCUGUACAUUCGAGGCCUUCCACCAGGCACCACUGACCAGGACCUAAUCAAGCUGUGCCAACCGUAUGGAAAAAUUGUAUCUACAAAGGCAAUUCUUGACAAAAACACAAAUCAGUGCAAAGGCUAUGGUUUUGUGGAUUUUGACAGUCCCGCAGCUGCACAGAAGGCAGUAGCAUCUCUCAAGGCAAAUGGCGUGCAGGCACAGAUGGCCAAGCAACAAGAGCAAGACCCAACAAACCUAUACAUCUCAAAUCUCCCCAUUUCUAUGGAUGAGCAGGAACUUGAGAAUAUGCUGAAACCCUUUGGACACGUCAUUUCCACAAGAAUACUAAGAGAUGCUAAUGGAGUCAGCAGAGGUGUUGGUUUUGCCAGAAUGGAGUCUACUGAAAAAUGUGAAGUGGUAAUUCAACAUUUUAAUGGAAAGUAUCUGAAAACACCACCUGGCAUCCCAGCCCCUAGUGAGCCUUUACUGUGCAAAUUCGCUGAUGGAGGACAAAAGAAGAGACAGAAUCAAAGCAAAUACACCCAGAAUGGAAGGCCGUGGCCCAGGGAAGGAGAGGCUGGCAUGGCUCUGACCUAUGACCCCACAGCUGCCAUACAGAAUGGAUUUUAUUCUUCACCGUACAGUAUUGCAACCAACCGCAUGAUUCCACAGACAUCUAUCACGCCAUUCAUUGCUGCUUCCCCUGUCUCCACAUACCAGGUCCAGAGUACUUCAUGGAUGCCUCAUCCGCCAUACGUUAUGCAACCAACAGGUGCUGUGAUCACGCCGACGAUGGACCAUCCCAUGUCCAUGCAGCCAGCAAACAUGAUGGGCCCCCUGACACAACAGAUGAACCACCUUUCGUUGGGCACAACAGGAACGAUUCAGUCCCAAGACAGGAUUAUGAUACUCCACCAGCUGUUGUGUCAGUAUAUGACUGCUGCCGCUCCUAUGCAAGGGACCUACAUUCCCCAGUACACGCCUGUGCCUCCGACAGCUGUUUCUAUUGAAGGUGUUGUUGCUGAUACCUCUCCCCAGACAGUGGCACCUUCAUCGCAGGACACCAGUGGUCAGCAGCAACAGAUAGCAGUGGACACAUCCAAUGAACAUGCAUCUGCAUAUUCUUACCAACAGUCUAAACCAUAAACAAGACUGAAGAAUGUCCGUCCGAAACUUUGCCUUGAAUGAAGAAACUUCAUUGAACAAGAAGUUGGCUUCCAGUUUGCACAGGCGUCAGUGGAAUGCUUUUUUUUUUUUAAUUUUGUACUUUACCCAAUGAAAACAACGCGUUUUGUGUGCUGUGCAAAUGGGUCCUUCAUGUGGCCUGACAGUUUAUUUUUUGCCAUCAUUUUUUUAAUUAAAGUAAAAAAAAAAAUCCCAGAAGAGGAAAAAUGAAAACAAAACAAAACAUGGAAGGUUGACAUUUUAUCAGGAAGAACAUUUGAAUUCAGAAUUGCCCUGAAGGUGUAGAUAGAUUUUUUUUAACAAAAAAUCUGAUAUCAAGAGGUGGACAAGCAGAAAUGGAAACAAAUUGUCUUCCUCGUGAUUAAGCUACUCUUUCUUUUUUUCCUUCUUGUUUAAAUGUGGGUUGUUUUUUAAUUUUUUUUCUUAGAAAUAUUUAGGUAAGGUUUAUCUUGAAUCUUAAUUGCCUUAAUUUUAAGGACGUCAAAGGCUCUCGAGGCAAGCUGUCAACGUCUUGUUAAAAAAAAUCAAGAAAGAAUUGAAAUAUUGUGCCGGCUUUAACUGGUACAGAAGCUUAAGACUAUGAGUUUUUAGGGUGAAAAAAAAACUGUACAGUUUAAAAGAAAAUGUUUUUCUUCAUUUGAAGAAAAUUUGUUGAUAAAAGAAACCAUGGCAACUGCAAGAAUUGGAAAAAUGCUGGGACUUUUCCUGAACUUUGUCUUAAGUGUUGAACCAUUUGGAAGGCUAAAACAUUUUAUGGUAAAGUUAUUAAGGUUGGUUUAAAAACAACUGCAUUAGAAAUAAUGCGUGUUUGGGGGGCAGAAUGCAGAAUUUUUUAAUUUACAAAGCGUGAUUGCUAGCAAAAGCAUUAGUGCUUUUUAUCUGCAGUCUUUUUUAUGAGCUUUACAAAGUUUUUAGUCAGCUUUGCUUGUCACAUUGCAAAACCUAGCUUAAAAGCAUUAAAAAAAAACUUAAGUAGAUAGGAGCUUAUGGUCAAAAGUGCAAAACAAAACAAAACAAACAAAAAAACAAAAAAAGCAAUAGAUAGAGAAAUUGUUGACAAUUUCUGUAGUCUUUCCUAGUUGUGAUCAAAUUCAGCCUACGGAUGGCCUAUUUUAUACCAAAGAUGAAGUGGCACCCUAUUGCAGUCCAGAAGAUAGAGGUUGUUUUUCUUUACUUUUCUGUUCAAAAUUUUAUUUGACCUACAUGGCCGGACCAGUUCUUAUUUUGUUGUUUGUUUAAACUACCUUCCACUGGUAUUUUACAUACUGCAAAAAAAAUUUUUUUUGAUAAUCGUGGACAGUAGAAGCUCACACCUGCUGUGCUCAGCAGUUGCAGCAUGAAGAGUUCUGGGUACCAACUGAUAGAGCCAAGUGGCUUUCGAUUCCAUGAGCUUUGCCAGUUCUUCGCUAGCUGUCUUGAAUAGUGAAACCCGUAUUGACGGCCACCUAUAAGCUAAGACACUUUUUUAACAGGUUGAAACUUGUUUUCGUGAAUUUUGAACUAAAGACACUUCCUGAACCUGGUCUGAAGGGUCACUUGUUAAAAAAAAAAAAAAAGCUUAGUGAUAUUGUGUUGAUCGGUGAGUGGUUUCCUGAAAAGGUCUCAUUGUAUUUGUAACAAUAGUCUUCCUUCUAAAUUCCAACACCUCUUGAUUUUGUCUUUGCACCUUAGUCUUCGUUGUGACCCACCAUGAAUAGCCACCUUGAUUCCGCAGUGGGGAAGGGAGAUCUUCUUUUUGCCUUUUUUUCAUUGUACUUUCAUAUCCUGGUGUUGUCAGAAGAAAGACAAAAUAGACCUUUUUAUUUCAGCUGAACUCUCUGAGGGAAGUAGGACCAAUAAGAUUGAGGAUUCUGUUAGUGGAAUUUAGGUAAGCUUUUGAAAUGCUAGUUGACAAUCAAGAAAUUAUAUGAUUGAUAUUAAUAAGAACCAAAACAAUUGGGUUUGAUCAAUCAUUAAAGCCAAAGGGAUAUAUUUGCAUUGAGGAGGAUGCAAACGUGUGUCUAAAAUGAAUUAAAUUGCUGUAACAAACAUCUCUGCAUAUUUGGUUAUGAAAUCCAUACCCAACCUGUACAGUUUCACUUAAAACAAAAGACAAUGAAACGCGGUUCACUGAACUAGGCCCUAGAAUUGCUUUCUGAAUGAAUCAUUAGAAUCAAAUAAGGGAAAUUCUUUUCACAGACUGUCAGAGGAACCAUCUUAAUCCAGAAAGAGGAGGGAAAUGCACCAAGUACACUGUGUAGGCUUUUAAAAACUUUUUAAAAAUUUAAAAGAUAAAUCAUAGUCCCGUUAGAUCAACAGGAGUAAUGAGUUUGACUCAUAUAAAAGUGUCAAUAUUUCACCAUUUAUGACAUACAAACAAAAGCCUACUGCUGAAAUAGACCUGGUUCUCUUAUUUGCAACAUCAUGUACUGGAAACUCAAAUCCGAGAAAGACUCCAUAUCUUUAUGGUCAAAUUAGAGGUGAAAAACAUAUCCAAGAAAUUGUAACAUGCUACAGAGAAAUACAAACUGGUCACACCCCUCCUUAUGGUUUUUCAUGCUUUAGUGAGAAUCCAAGGUUUCUCCUUUUUUCUGUUCCAUCCUUCAGCCUCUCUUGUAUUCUAAGGGUGGUGCUUAAGUUUUAUCUUUGAGAAGUGGGCCCCCAAGUUUAAGGGGGUGAGGCAAACAUGUAUGGAAACUGUAUUUUCUGUUUCUUUUUUUCACUCUCUGAACUCUUUGUAUAAAUAAGGAUUAUCCUGGGCAUAAUUCAUUUGACUAUGAAACCAACAUGUUUUCUUUUGUUUCUGUAAAAAAAAAAAACCUUAAUGUGAUACAAAGAAAGUCUCAUUUAUACAAUCAACGAUGAGGCUAAGAGGUAGCUACCAUGUGGCUGAUGAGUGUGCCUAGGUAACUUCCUGUUUCUAUUCAAAACUACUGCUUUAUUUAUACAUUCAGAAACAUUUUUUUCAACUAUGAAAUUUCAAUGAUCUCAAUUUUUUUAAGCCACUUCAGGCAAAAGGAAAUUACCUGUCAUUUUAUGUAUCCAUGUGUGUUUUGUGUUUGGACUUUUUACAUCAUGCCAUUCUAUAGACUAUCUUCUUUCUAAUCGAAAAGAAAAAAAAGAAGGAAAAAAUGGCACGUGUUCAAAUUCGCAUCUGUCAUCUUCCCUAAUCAUUGUUUUUAAAAUCCAUGUCUUGGGGGGGAAAGCAUCAACAGGUAAGCAGCAUUACACUGUAUGAAAAAUAAAACAAACCAAAAUAUGUGUUCAAUAUAUGCAGACAUCAGAAUCCUAUUUUGGUUAUUUUAAACCUCUUUAGGACUGUACUCAUUUGGUUUAAGUAUUCUGGUCCACCAGGUUUUCAAGCCUUUUUACUCAAGUGUUCAAUUUUUCCUUUCAACUUCAAUUGCCAAGAUUUCACCUAAAGCUUUGGAAGCAAACUAAAGCCAGAAUCCAAGUGGGGUAAACACUAUCUCAUCCAAACUCUAGUGACAGGGUCAGUGGAGGAGUGCGGUGGUUUUAAAUAAUGAUAAGAUACUGUCAGGGGUGGCAAAGUGUGUCGGCAACUGGGGGUUCCUCAUGUAUGGCCCUGUCUCCGGGAGACGUUAUGGCCCCUGAGUGAACUAAAUGUAAUAGUAGCAGGGGCUGGUGACUCUUUGUCCUUGAACAGUGGCAUGUCUUGAACAUUGCAAGUGGCAUAGUAUUCUAAAAAAAAAAAAAUCCUCUAGCUGACUCCAGUGUGGUCAGGGCUAGUUUGGUUCCUUGGUAGAUUUCAAUUGUUCGGGUGUGGUCUCCAUGCUUCACUUGAAUCAAUGUUUCCUGUGACCUUAAUGGCUCUGCCCCAUUUGACAGCAUAUAAGACUCACCUUCACCUUUCUCUAAUGAAAAACUACAUGGUGUUAAAAGCACUCCUCUCAGAGCUGGAAGGCUGAGAGCAGCAGGUGGCUGGAUGGAAUAGGAAGUUCACUGUACCAACAGAAUACAGAAACCCCUUGCAAAACUGCUUUCCAAGUAUUUCCAAUUCAUAUAUGACCAGGAAAAGUACUUAGUUUGUUUUUUAAAAAAAACAACAACCCUAUUUGAAUAAUUGGUAUGCCAAUUACAUGCCUAUGUAUCUUUUACAGCCUCCUAAAGCCUCCAUUAAGGAAAAGUGAGGUUUCAUUUAAAUAGCGCCUGUGCCGCCUUCUUCAUGAUUGAGAAGCUUCAAUGUACUGUCUAGACAGAUUAUAUUAUCAGUAGGAGACUCAAAGUACAUUUGACAAUUCAGCCUCAUGUUUAAUUUGAGCACACAAACCAUUACAGAUGAGCUGAUAAGGAGAGAAAAAUUCUUAAGCAGGUUGCAGUGAUCAUUGUUUUCAUAUGAUAUAAAAUCAAAUGAAAGGAUAAUAUUUAUGUAUUCGAAUAGCAACAUUCAGCACAUUUGAGGAUCAUGUCAAAAUCAAAUUAACAGCUGUCAUGGAGCCCUUGGUCUACAGUAGCUCAUGCACAGUAGCGGGUAAAGGAUGAGAUCUGGUUUCCGUGUUGUUGUGGCUUAGCACGCUCCAACCUUCUGAGCUUGCUGGGACUGACAGCCUCUCACUCCAGUCUGCGGGACUGAUGGAAUUGGAACAAGCUCAUUGAUUUUGUACACUCUCCCCUUCCUGUGGCAAAAUGAUAAUGGGAUUUCAUUAAUGAAUCAAUUCGUUCUACAAAUGACAUUCGCUGUGGCAUUGGAAGACAGUUGAGUCUAACUCAAAUUUAACAGUUUUUACCAAAAUACUUUAAAAUAUGUAAUUAGGCUUUUUAUCCAAGUGCUCUUGGGCAUGGCUGCCCUCUGUGGAUUACAUGGUUCAGGAAAGUACGAAAGCUAAAUAAAUAUAAGAUCCCCGAGUGGCUCCCCAAAUCGUUUAUGAUGUAGGGCACAGAGCUCUCCCCAGGUUGUUGGUAUCUUUUAUCUUUGUUUUUAUACCCAAGUACAUAUGCUCCCUGCCAAAUACACACACACACACACACACACACACACACACACACACGGAUGAAUGGAUUCUCUAUGUUCAUUUCUUUGUAUUUCUGGGAAGAAAAAUCACAUUUCAGGAAAUGCUUCUUACACCCAGGAAGCGGUAAGGCUGAAGCAGAGGCGAGACCUCGCUGGGAGUCUGCAGGAAGGACCCUGGGUUGCUCAGUCCCACUCUUCCGUUUCCUUCGCUCCCAUUGGGAACCGCCCGCUACUGAACCUUGCAGAAAUCCAAUCGCUCCCAAUUUUUGAAGGGCUAAUUAUCUACUCUGUGGUUUUCUUUUGUCCUUUCUCUUCAACUCUUCAGACUUGGGUCUCUAUUUCUGUUUAUUAACGUCACCCGGAGGGUGGAAAAAGAAACAAUUGGAAAUAAAAUUCAAAUCAGUCUAUUUUGCUUCUUGUUGAGUAUUGGCUGUUUGAAGGAGUUGAAAAUCAUUUGUAAAAAUUAAUGUCAGAGCAUUAUAUACCAUUGAUUUUUUGUUACCUGUGAGGUCCCUUUUCCUUGUCCCCAUCCACCACAAAUAAUUGAGAGUUGGCUGUAUUCUUGCAAAAUAUAAAGGAAAAAAAAAUGAGCAAAGAAUUGGCUCCCCUCGCAAGAAAAGCUGUUUUGGUUUUGUUCACUUUUCAAAUUUGAACCAGUAGAAAAGGUCAACUCAAAAUUCAGUUAUGAGAAUAUAAUAGCAGUUCUUGGUUAAAUACACACUCCUAUCCUUAUCUUAAAUCUUUCACACACCAAAAAAAAAAUGCAUUGUUUGGGGGUUUUUGACUUUGCAUCACUGUAUGAAAGCUGAAUGACCUUAACACUCCAGUGGAUUUAUUUUAAAAAUCAUUUCAAAUUUAAAUAGUAUGCAAGGUGUAACAUCAGUGUUACACUUUAUAUUUUAAUCCCUCUGGUCUUAGAUUAUUAAGAAAGAUGCUCUCUCCUCCUCCCUAAAUAUGUUACUUCUUCAUAUGUAAAAAAGGAGUUAUUUCAUACUUUUCAGGAACUGUAAAUACUAUUUCGAAGAGACACUUGAAAAAGUUUUCUCCACUCUGGAAAUUGAUGCUUUCAUCUCUUUAAAAAAGAAGAAUUAAUUGGACUCUUAAUUUAAAAAAUAUAUAGGUAAAAGUGUACUGGCUAUGAAAUUUGCAGUUUCUAAAAGAAAAUGGGACACAACUUUAAAAAAAAAACAAACCCUUGUUUCAGGCCAUAUUUGACUUCAUGGAACUUCUGAAGCAUCAUUUAAUUUUGAACUUAAUUUAAGAGCUUUUUGUACUGCUGUCUCUGACUGUCAUGGAAAGUUCUGUGAUUCUCUGGUGUUUCUGGUUUUAUUUUUAAUAUUUCCAUCUGUACCACAGUCAAACUAGCUACCAUUUCCCCCAUUCCUUGGGCUUUCUGUAGAUCAGUGGAUGUUAGGUUUAAACUUCUGUUUUCUUUGAUGAAGCUUUCAAUAAAAAAUGAAAAUAAAAUCAACCAAAAA